UCCUGGUUCAGCACAAUGGACUGAACUUUCCCUCGAAAGCAGGGCGGGGCUUUACCCGGCCCCGAUCACUGAUUUGCCCUCUGCGCUCUUGCGUCAUUCUACCUACAACGGCGGAACUUACAGUAGCCCGGAUAAAGACUGGAGACCUCAGCAGCAACGAAGCUAACCGUUCACAUGUGUGCGCUGUCACAAGGACGAAGAGUCUGCGGAACCAAUCCUAAAACAAAGUACUGCUUCUGUUACUCAAGAUUGCUCUAGACUACGUUGAUCCAAAAGGACGAGAGUGACACGGAUAUGGCGUCAUCCAGCCCCUGUGUUGUGAUCAGUGAUGAAGAGCAGGGUUAUGACCUGGACCUUUUCUGUAUACCAAAGCAUUAUGCCGCUGACCUGGAGAGGGUCUAUAUCCCACAUGGACUCAUCUUGGACAGGACAGAAAGACUGGCCAGAGAGAUCAUGAAGGAGAUGGGGGGGCACCACAUUGUGGCCCUCUGUGUGCUCAAAGGUGGUUACAAAUUUUUUGCAGACCUGUUGGACUACAUCAAGGCCCUGAACAGAAAUAGUGACCGCUCAAUCCCAAUGACAGUGGACUUCAUUCGUCUCAAGAGCUACUGUAACGAUCAGUCGACAGGGGAAAUCAAAGUAAUAGGUGGGGAUGACCUCUCUACAUUAACAGGCAAGAAUGUCUUGAUUGUGGAGGACAUUAUUGACACAGGGAAGACAAUGAAGACAUUACUACAACUGCUCAAACAGUACAAUCCCAAAAUGGUUAAAGUAGCAAGUUUGUUGGUCAAGAGAACACCAAGAAGCGUUGGCUAUCGACCAGACUUUGUAGGAUUUGAGGUCCCUGACAAAUUUGUGGUGGGAUACGCACUAGACUACAAUGAGUACUUUAGAGAUCUGAAUCACAUCUGCGUCAUUAGUGAAACAGGGAAGGAGAAGUACAAGGCAUGAAGAGCAGUUUGAAACAACUUUAAUGUUUUUCCUCUGUGGCUCAUUUUAAAUUGUAUCAUUUCACAUUUUUUUCAUGAAAAUACCAUGCUUAGGGUCCCUGGUGGAGCCAGUUUUAGCUGUCAUGCACAUAGGUUCAACUUUUGACAAGAUUGAUUGCCUUAGAUAGAAGCACUAUGUUUCACAACACGAAACUCAGUGUCAACUGCUUGUGUGCCCCUGCUCUGCUUAUUUUCUCAAUGGAAUGGUGUAAUUUAAACAGAGUGAUGCUGCUAACUGAAAAUACAAAAUUACAACUGGGUUAGAAUUGAAUUUUAUGAUCUGUUCUAAAACUGUUUUUAUAGCAAUUCAGCUGUUAUUCUAACCUUUCAAAAAGGAGUUUUACAAUGGGCAACUCUCACAAAAAAAUGUGCUAAUUCUGCAUGUGUAUUCUAAGACUUAAAUUUUUUUCUAUAUAAUGUUCUGUGUGAUGACAAUUCACAAACGACUAUUGGAGAUGUUUGAAUUGUCCCCACUUAAAAACACAGGAAUGUUGAAAGAUGAAAUACUCUAAUUCACAAAUUUAAUGUUAAAAACAAAGCAUCCAUGCAUUCAUUUACUUUGUGUCACAAGACUGAGAUUUUUUAUGCUGCAUGUGUGAGACUUUAUGUUUUACAGAUGUGUAAAUGUAAUGUCAAUUUUUAAAAAGAAGCUAUCCAAUCCUGUUUUGAAAUACUUAAAAACUGUAUCUUCCGA